AAAAAAUUUUUUUAUUUACAGGAGGAACAACUUAGAAACCAUCACAGAAUGUUUCAUAGUAAUCAAUGUUACAUUUGCAAAUAUUGUGGCCAGACUGUCAAAUUACGACAAUCCAUGAUAAGGCAUCUUAAAGAAAAACAUAAUGAACAUGAGAGUGAAUGGAAAAAGGCAGGUGUUAUAAAUUCAAUGAUAAUCACGAAAAAAAAGGGUUCAGAAUUGCCCAGUGAGUCGAAAUUACUUUCAGAAGGAGAUGAUAGUCGAGGAAUAAAAUCUUCAUUAUCAACAUAUGCAAAUCAAGGAGGACAAAAAGUAACAUGUAACCAAAUAAUAAACAAAACAGUGUCGUCAGAUGUUUGUGAAAAAUCAGUGCCUUUAAAUAGUGAACAAUCUGGUGAUAAAAACAGUGGACAGAUUAUUUCAUCUUCCUGUACUGCUGAUACAGAAGAACCAAAUAAUCAUGUAGGAGAAGAAAGUUUGCCAAAUGUUUACUCAAAUGAGAAUGAACAUAUCACACAUUCAGUUGAUAACUGUAAUGAUUUGGAUUCUGAAAAUAAUUUAAAGAAAAUACAGACAGUUGGAAAUUCAGUUCAGAAAUUCAAAAGUAUGAGAGAAGAAUGUGAAGUUGAUUUACAAACAGAAUAGAUCAUUUCAGAAAGUCAUUAAGUAUCAGAUAGUUUAAUAAUGUGAAACUAAAAGAAAUAAUUGUUUGAAAUUAAGAUUCAAUAUUUUUACCAAAUCAUUAUUUAUAUAAUUUAAUUUGCAUUGCUUAUUUCAAGUUACUUCAGCAUUUCUUGGAAUUAAACAAAAAAUAAUAAGCAAUUUUGUUUUAUAUUGAAAUUUGCUGAGUAAAUUUCCAAAAGUAUUUCAAUCAUUUCAACAAUUAUUCUGAAUAAGAUAAAGUAUACUAUUAUUUGUAAUGAUGUGUAAUCAGAUUUUCUUUGAAAAUUUAUACAGUUUGGUAGCACUCACUAAAUAAAUAAAUAUGGAUGCAAAUUAUAUAUAAGAGUAGGCUUACCAUAAUAUUUUUUUUUCAAACCAGGACAAUUUUGAGAAAAUACUCACAACAGAAAAUAAAGCCUACUAGGAUAAAUCUUAUGAUUAAGGCUGUAUAAAAAGUUAACAAAAAAUGAGUUAAAAGCAAUUUUUAAUAACUCAACUGAACAUACCUUAUUAUUAAGACGUUAUUAAUAUUUAUCACUAGUGUGAACUUUCUUUAAAAAUUCUUUGUCACUUAAAUCAGUACUUUUAAAGUAUGAUAAUAUAUUUGAGGAAGUUCCUAUUGCUAUUAGGCUUGCUUUAUGUUUUGCACAUUUCAAGUGAUUUCUAAUGUCCAAACACCCAUGAGUUACUGAAAAUUCUGAAAAAUACAGUUCAUAUUUCACUUCGUUAAUAUGAUCACAGACUUCUUUCAAAAACAGAUAAUCCUUUUUUCAAUAUUCAGUAAACACAUGGUUUCUUUUUGGCAUUUUGGAGAUUAAAUUAAUAUGAUGUACAGUAGCAAAUGCCAACUAGCAAUUUGAAUUUGAACAAGAUAGGACAAACGUGGCCAGUGUAAGUUUCAAUGUUGCCAA